AUGGCGGAGUCGGAUGGCGGGGAUUUUGCUUCUCAGUAUCCACAGAACAGGUGAGUGAGGCGGGAGCAGGGUCUGUUAUGUCCCCGAUGGUUGACAGGUCCCUCGGUUAUGCCUCGUUCAAAACAUCCACGUCUCCGGUCCUCCGUCGCAGCUGAAGCCGGCUCGGGUGUUCUAGUGUCGCUGCUUGGGAGCAGGAAACACCGUGGAGCAGCCCGGGCCUCCAGGCAUCCUCAGCGCCCGCCUGUCCCCUACUUUGAACCGGGCAGCCGUGGAAACAAACAAACGGAGUCAUCAUCGUGGAGCUGACACGUCUCUCUGUUUCCACGUGUUGCUGCGUGUAAACUUGAAUAUUGUUGUUAACCUGUUAGUCCCCCUUUGACACAGUGCCGUUACCGCAAAGUUGACUUGCAUAGCUAAAGUCGAUAAAUUCAAUGUUUUUAAGUAUUCCUGCCAAGCACACCUUAACAAAAACGACAAUAAAGUUCAACAUUGCUUUAGAGUCAACAACAGACAUACUUUUACACUUUUAUUAAACGCUUGAGUAGUCUGUUUAACUGUUUUUUAUUACUGAAAGCACCCUGGCAUGCUUAACCCCAUUUCACUUAGGGAAUAACAUACUUUAAAUGGAUUUUAGGUCAUUUAAUUGAAAGAAUUUCCCAUAAUUGUAAAACAGCUAAAAAUAAUAAUAAAAGAGAUACUUUUGGUUGUUUUUGCCUAAUGUGCCAACAAGAAUAAAUGGUUUAGAGCUGCAGUCAAUUAUAACAGAUCACCUUGGCACAAAAUUGUCCUCUGAACAUUACAUUUUUUAAGGAUGGGGCCCUUCCCACAUAAGGUAGAGUGGGGUAAGAUGAGCCAUUUUUCAUAUUUUGGAUCAUUAAAUCAAGACAAUCAUAGUUUUGUCUCUAACUAGUUGUAGGAGCCGCAAGGUAAAGGUUUGUGGUUAUGCUCUUGAUUUGUUUUUGGUAUUUUGUUGUGAUUGGUGGCAGUGAUUUGUGGAAUCCGGGUCACGGGAAUAGGGGCGGUGUCACUCAGUUGAUUUAAGCACCUGGUCACCUGUGUUCACGAGGGAAGAGGUUUUGAGUGGGUCGCCGUAUUUUUUGUUGACCGCAUGUACACAUACUCUUUAAGUCCAGUGAUCGCUGUUUCUUCAGUUGGUAUCGUUUUGUUGAUUGUUUCUUUAGUAUUAAAGCACGUUUUUUCCUAAUCGAUUCCCGUCUCAGCUGAUCCAUUGACAAAGCGCGUCAGACAAUUAGACUCGGCCCGUAUCUCAUCCUCUAAGCGACAUCCUGGUCUCUGAGGUCGCUAUAUUUAGUCAACAAAAAAGGCAGAUUAUAAUCACUCACACGGCAACGGAUCGAGGUGCACUUCGGAGGAAAAUGAAAAGAACAAGCAUCGGAGAUGAAGCAUGAGGGUAAGCGCUGUUUGAUUGACAGCUCCGGACGCCACGCGGCAUUGUGAAUCUGCGGCAAGGUAAGCUUGUCUGCUCUCAGCAUUACUGAGGAAAGGAAUGCGGCUUGCAUAUGCUGAUUGUCAAUUUGGGAGGAUUGCCUGAUAUGACCUAUGGUUCUCCGGACUCAUGCUUUGAUAUUGUGAUGGCUCACGGUGCUGGAUGUCUCCAUGCUUUUAUUUUGAAAUCUCCGUUGUGUCUCCUCGAAGUUACUGGUGCUUUGCUGUUGUGGAAAAUUAAUGUCUGUCUGAUGGAGAAUGCCUCUUGAUUCAUGGACGCAGUUUCAAAUGCGCAAGGUUUGGGGAAAACAUGCACUGGAAAUUAAAUGAGGAAAAUGAGUCAAAUAAACGCCGAUUUUGCAAAUGCUGAAAUGCAGUGUGGAAAAAGAGAAAUUAAACUCACCUUCAAAGCCAUGGCAAAUAAAAUUGAGAAGCUUCAGCAAGAACGCAAGAACAUUGUGCACAAAAUUAAAUGUCUCAUACCAGAAACGAAAACUCUCAUGAAAACAAAGGAAAAGGUCUCUACUGUGCUACUUCAUGCUGACAAUUUAAAUGAACUUUGUGAGAAUGCCACCACAUUGCACAACAUGCUGCUUCCCUUACUCCCAGAGGAUGAACAAACUAAACAAGAUGAAUGGUUCUCAAGCAUCAUGAGGUACAGCAAUACAUUUAAGGAGAAUGUGAAUAAAUGGAUGAGUGAAACAGUGGAAUCGAUCCACAAUGACAGUCCUGAUCAGUCUGGCCAAGCUGUAACAACUGGAGAGUGCAUUUCUGACAUUUAUCACUCUCAAACAGCAGUGCAGGCUGUGUCAGUAAUUAUGGCUGAUGAUCCACCGGAUGAAGUAAAACCAAGUGACAGUGUGUCUAAUGUGGGAAGAGGAGCCAAAUCACAAAGUUCUGUAUUUGGAGGAAAAUCAGCUGUUUCAACCACUUCUUCAGUUCGUCUCCAAGCUGAAGCUGACUUGGCAGCACUUAUGGCGAGACAAAAAAUAUUAAAGGACAAGCAUGAACUGGAACAACAGGAGGAACAACUACGGAAAAGGAAGGAACAGCUUAAAUUGGAUGAGGAAAUUGCAGCUCAAAUGGCUAAACUGGAUGUGUUGCGAUCCAGGAGCAUCUUAAGUGGGAGAGGUUCAAGAACAAAACACUCAGAUGGAAUGAAUUCAUACCUGGAAAAACAAAAAUUAACAUCACAACCUCUCAGAGCUGAUUCCAGGGCAUUUGUUCCGCUGAAGUCAACUGAACCAAAGGAAAACAAUAAAGCACCUCAGCCACAUUCUUACUCUCUUAAUGCACCCAGUCUACAGGCAGGUCAAAAUGCUAAUGAAAGUAUGCACGUUCAACAGCAAGAUGCCUUGGGUGCAAGAGCUGGAUCAGGAAAUGUGGAUCAAAAUAAUAUGCUGUCUAUUAUGGGAAGGCAAAAUGAAAUAACAUCACUCUUAAUACAACAACAAAGCCUCUCAUCCUUGCCUAGGAGGGAGAUCCCAAUUUUUGAUGGUGAUCCAUUAAAAUACCACACAUUUAGAAGGGCCUUUGAGAAUGGGGUUGAAGCGAACACAGAGAGCUGCAGUGACCGACUAUACUACUUGGAGCAGUAUACCAGUGGUCUUCCUAAACAACUAAUCAGAAGCUGUCAGCAUCUUGAUCCAGUGAGAGGAUAUGCUAAAGCUAAAGUUUUGUUAUCUGAGCAUUUUGGUAAUGAGCAGAAGGUUGCAGCGGCAUACAUGGAAAAGGCUCUUUCAUGGCCCUCCAUCAAAACAGAAGAUGUUAAAGCUCUUCAGGAUUACAGCCUUUUCCUUAGAGGCUGUUCUAAUGCCAUGGAAGAGGUGCAGUAUUUGCAUGACUUCGAUAUGCCUGCUAACAUGCUAACCAUUAUAAAGAAGUUGCCUUAUAAGUACAGGGACAAAUGGAGAUCUGAGGCCUGUGAGCUGCAAGAGAGGCGUGGAUACAGAGCUACAUUCAAAGACAUUACAAAUUUCAUUGAGAGACAAGUGAGAAUUCUGACAGACCCAGUGUUCGGAAAUAUUCAGGAUGCCCCCUCAGUUACCAUACCUAGAGGUAUACAUAAGCUUGCCACACAGCCUCGUUCGGGUACGAAAGGGACCAGCUUCGCCACCACUGUGGCCCCUGUGGCCCCUGUGGAAAAGAGAAAUCAGCCUGGAGUCAGUGGUCAGGAAUUUGUGCAAUCAGCAAAGAAGACAUGUUUUUGCUGUGGAGGAGGACACACAUUGGAUCUGUGUCCCAAGUUGGAGAAGAGGACUCACAAAGAGAAGAUAGGCUUCUUAAGAGAUAAAGGUGUCUGUUUUGGCUGUCUGUGUAUUGGACACAUCAGUAAAGAUUGCAGAAAACGGAUUUCUUGUGGAAAAUGUGGCCUCAAACAUCCUACUGUACUGCACAUUCCUGCAAAAGAAAAGGUGAAGGAUUCUGAUCAUGCUGAGAGGAAAGCAGAGAUGAUGGUGGACAGCACUCUGGUGUCGAGUGGUCUUACUGGGGCUGGUGAUCAUGAUUGCAAACUUCCCAUAGUCCCCGUUCAGGUCAAAUCACAGAAGGGCACCACAAUACUUACCACAUACGCUUUCUUGGAUCCGGGAAGUACAGCAGUAUUUUGUACUGACAGUUUAGUGCACAAGCUGGGCCUCACAGGGAGGAAAGUGCACAUUCUUUUGCGGACCAUGGGCCAAGAGAAGGUUGUGAGCAGCCAUAUCGUGUCAGGACUGGAAGUGGCUGGCUUGGAUCAGGAGGAUUUUUGUGAACUGCCAGGUACUUAUACACAGGAGUCCAUGCCUGUCCACGAAGGUAACAUUCCCAAACAGUGUGAUCUUGAGGAUUGGCCUCAUUUGAAACAUGUAUACCUGCCUGAUAUAGAUGCAGGGAUUGAGCUGCUGAUAGGGACAAAUGUUCCCCAGGCCCUGGAACCUUUGCAAGUCAUUCGCAGUGCCAAUGGCGGACCCUAUGCAAUAAAGACAAUGCUGGGCUGGACUGUGAAUGGACCACUGAAAGGAGACAGUGGGAGUACAUUGAGUUGUGAGCAGCAACAUGUAACAGUAAACAGAGUGUCUGUUGUGAAUUUGGAUGGACUCUGGCAGCAGCAGUUUGCAGCAGAUUUUCCUGAGAGCAGUAUGGAUGAGCAACCUGCAAUGUCAAGAGAGGAUCAUAAGUUCAUGGAACUUGUCACAAACUCUGCGAAGCAAAUGGAUGGUCACUACCAGAUCAACUUACCUUUGAGGAAGCCAGAACUUAGCAUGCCAAAUAACAGAAGUAUUGUUGUACAGCGUGCUUUGCACCUAAAGAAAAGGCUUCAGAGGGACUUACCGUUUCAUACAGACUAUAAUGCCUUCAUGAACGAGCUUGUUGCCAAAGGUUAUGCAGAAAAGGUGCCUGAACGUGAGAUAGAUCGUGGAGAUGGCAAAGUCUGGUAUAUUCCACACCAUGGUGUUUACCAUCGUACGAAAGGGAAAAUCAGAGUUGUCUUUGACUGUGGGGCUAGUUUCCAGGGAACAUCUCUCAAUGCUGAGCUGCUACAAGGACCUGAUCUGACCAGUUCACUGAUUGGAGUGGUGACUAGAUUCAGAAAGGAACCGGUGGUGAUCAUGGCAGAUGUGGAAGCCAUGUUUCACCAAGUGAAGGUACCUGCUGGAGAUGCUGAUCUGUUGAGAUUCUUAUGGUGGCCAGAUGGGGAUCUGAAUCAACCCCUUACUGACUUCAGGAUGAAGGUGCAUCUCUUUGGAGCAACCUCAUCACCCAGCUGUGCCAAUUUUGCCCUCAGGAAGUGUGCAGAGGACCAUAAAGAACAGUUUAGCCAGGAAGUUGUAGAAAAGGUCUUGAAUUGCUUCUACGUGGAUGACUGUUUGGUGUCUGUACCUACCGAAGAGGAGGCAGUAGCUCUCUAUCAUGACCUUGUCUCAAUCUGUGCCAAGGGUGGGUUCCAUCUCAAUAAAUGGACAAGCAAUAGGCAUGAAGUCCUAGCUGUGAUGCCUGAAACACAAAGAGCAAAGGUCAUGAAAGAGUUGGACAUGGACUUGGAUCGGCUACCUGUGGAAAGAGUACUUGGUGUGGAAUGGUGUAUUCGCUCUGAUACCUUUAAGUUUAAGAUUGUCAUCAAAGACAGACCACUUACCAGAAGAGGGAUUCUCUCCACUGUUAGUUCCAUCUAUGAUCCUCUAGGGAUACUUAGUCCAGUCAUCUUGUCUGCAAAGAAAAUCCUAAGAGAUCUGUGCAGGAGAUCACUUGGAUGGGAUGACAUCAUUAUGGAGUCAGUUGCUGAAAAGUGGAUAACCUGGUUGCAGGAACUCCGUCUUCUGGAGAACUUUAGUCUCAUGAGGUGUCUGAAACCCCAGAACUUUGGAGCCACAACUAAGACACAGUUGCACCAUUUCUGUGAUGCAAGUGAGGAUGGUUACGGAGUAGUUACUUACCUGCUGUCCCAUGGUUCACACUCACAAGUACACAGUGCCUUCAUUGGGGGAAAAGCAAGGGUUGCUCCACUGAAGUCUGUUACUAUACCCCGAAUGGAGCUCAUUGCCGCAACAAUGGCAAGUCGCAUGGAUGUCCUGUGGAGGAAAGAGCUGCACAUGAACCUUCAGGAGUCUGUGUUCUGGACCGAUAGCGAGUCUGUGCUCAAGUACAUCGGUAAUGAGACUUCAAGGUUCAAAGUCUUUGUUGCCAACCGAGUCUCAGAAAUACUCAAGGUGUCAGAGCCUUCUCAAUGGAGAUAUGUGGACACUGCAAGUAAUCCAGCCGAUAUUGCCUCUAGAGGUUUGAAGGUGGAUGCAUUUCUCAAGAAUGAAAUUUGGGUGUCAGGUCCACAGUUUCUUAUUCAGCUUGAGACUGAGUGGCCAAGUAAAUUUGGGAAUGUUAUCCAGCUUCCACCAGAUGACCCUGAGGUCAAAAGAGCUGCUGUGGUGAAUGCUGCUCAGGUUGGAGAAGAGGCUGACACUGUGAGUCGCAUGAUCCGCUGCUUCUCAUCUUGGAUUGCUCUGAGAAAAUCUGUGGCUUGGAUAUUGAGGUACAGGAACUGGCUUUUGUCAUGUUAUCAGAAAAGGAGACAGUUGAUCACAGAUUUGGCUAAAUCUGACUUGAAUGCAAAAGCACAAAGACGUUCAUUGGAGGAGGCGAUGGACACUUUCAAAAGGGAAUCAAUGGGCAGUCAUCUGUCAGUGGAGGAACUUGAAAAAGCUGAACUGGAAAUUGUCAAGUUCUGUCAAAGGAAGACGUUUCCCGAGGAGUUGUCCAGACUCCAAAAUGGGCAGUGUGUGAAGGGCAGAAGUCCUAUUCACAGACUCUGCCCACAGCUACAAGAUGGUGUUCUGAGAGUUGGUGGUCGGUUGAGCAAGUCAUCUAUGCCUGUGGAGGCUCAACAUCCCGUUAUAUUAUCAAAGGAAUUCCACAUCUCAGACCUUCUUCUUAGGCACAUCCAUCAGGAAGUGGGACAUGGUGGACGUAACCACAUGUUAUCCAAAUUGCAGGAGAAGUACUGGAUCACUGGAGUCAGUACAGUCAUGAGGAGAGUUUUAUCAAAGUGUGUCACCUGUCGGAGGCUGAAUGCUCAGCCAGUGUCUCAGCAGAUGGCGGACUUGCCACACGAAAGAGUUACUCCGGAUGAACCACCAUUUACACAUGUUGGUGUGGACUAUUUUGGACCAUUUGAAGUUAAAAGCAGAAGAAGUGUGGUCAAGAGGUAUGGUGUCAUCUUUACCUGCUUGGCCAUUCGAGCAAUUCACAUUGAAGUGGCUCCUUCGCUGGACACUGACUCAUUCAUUAAUGCUCUUAGACGCUUCAUAGCAAGACGUGGUCAAGUCCAGGAACUGCGGUCUGAUAAUGGCACGAAUUUUGUGGGGGCGGAGCGUGAGCUGAGGGUGGCGAUUGAACAGUGGAAUCAGUCACAAAUCCAUGAUAUGCUUCUCCAGAGGGGAAUCAAGUGGACAUUUAACCCCCCAGCUGGCUCGCAUCAUGGAGGAUCUUGGGAGAGGUUAAUUCGUUCUGUGAGGAAGGUCCUCAACUCCACCUUGAAUGUGCAGAACCUGGAUGAAGAAGGUCUUCACACAGUUCUUUGUGAGGUGGAGGCCAUAAUUAACAGUCGGCCAAUCACAAAGGCAUCAAGGGAUCCGAAUGAUCUGGAGGCACUGACACCAAACCAUCUCCUAUUGUUGAAAACCUCACCAUCCCUACCUCCAACAAACUGUCAAGAAGUUGAUGUUUAUGCUCGUAGGCGAUGGAAGCAAGUACAAUACAUGUCAGACUUGUUCUGGAAAAGGUGGGUGAAGGAAUACUUGCCUCAGCUGCAGGAGCGUCAGAGGUGGACAGGAGUGAAGCGCAACCUCAUCCCUGGAGACAUAGUGCUCAUUGUGGACAACACAGCUCCUCGAAACUCCUGGCUCAUGGGGAGAGUUCUACAGACUUUUCCAGACCGGAAGGGAUUUGUGCGUCAGGUGCGUGUCAAGACGAAGACCAGCUGCCUGGACCGGCCUAUUACGAAGAUCUGUCUGCUACAGGAGGCUGAAACUGGAUAAGGAGUACCUGCUGCAUACUGUGACAUUCUGACAUGACUUUGACAAACCCAAUAGGGCUAUGAACAUUCUUUUUUGACUGAGCCUGAGUGUUGAUACCUCUGGCGUUGACUAGCUAACAACAAAUGUGCAUUAUGCAUGGACUUUUAGUAUCAAUUUUGUAUUUGUCUCAUAUAGUUGAAAAACAUAAGUAAUUAUUAUGAUUGAUAACCUAAUAAUUAGGGGCUGGUAUGUAGGAGCCGCAAGGUAAAGGUUUGUGGUUAUGCUCUUGAUUUGUUUUUGGUAUUUUGUUGUGAUUGGUGGCAGUGAUUUGUGGAAUCCGGGUCACGGGAAUAGGGGCGGUGUCACUCAGUUGAUUUAAGCACCUGGUCACCUGUGUUCACGAGGGAAGAGGUUUUGAGUGGGUCGCCGUAUUUUUUGUUGACCGCAUGUACACAUACUCUUUAAGUCCAGUGAUCGCUGUUUCUUCAGUUGGUAUCGUUUUGUUGAUUGUUUCUUUAGUAUUAAAGCACGUUUUUUCCUAAUCGAUUCCCGUCUCAGCUGAUCCAUUGACAAAGCGCGUCAGACAAUUAGACUCGGCCCGUAUCUCAUCCUCUAAGCGACAUCCUGGUCUCUGAGGUCGCUAUACUAGUGUAUCUACAUAUAUUUCAAGAUGUUGUGCAUACCUACAAACAUAACUGUCUUGAUAAUAUAGCAUGCCAAAAAAAUGGUUUCCUAUGGUCAACUUACCUCAUGUAUGGGGUAAGUUGACCAUAGGAGCGGGGUAAGUUGAGCCGUAUCCCUACUACCCCCUGCUCUCCACCCCAGCCCUCCCUCACCUUCUCUCUCCCUAAAUAACAGUCACCUCUUCACAUUCAUGUGUAUUUUUAUCUAUUAUACCCUAUUCAACUGGUACAUUAUUAUUGAAUAUAACUGCUAAAAAGCUGUUUUGUAAAAAGCCAUUUUAACAUGAGAAUGUCUUUAAGUGAUUCAGAACAUUCACAGCAUUUUUGAAAAGAAAAAGUAAAACAUUUCAACAAUCUGAACUGAAACUCUGAUCCUCUCAUCAGACUCCUUUACUUUCUCAGUUGAACCACUGACUCAGUUUACCCCAGAACUACUAUUAUGACUUUAUUAGUCCUCUAAUAUAAAAUGGUGGACUUUUAUUCUAGGUUUUUGACCUCAUGUUGUAGCUCAUAGGUACCACAAUUGACGCAUGAAAUCAAUUUAAAAUGAUCUAUUUUGGUCUGAACACAAUUCUAAUAAAACUUACGACAGACUAAAUUCACUUUCAAGAGUGAAAAAUGUCUUUUGUUUUUUUAUUUUUUUAAAUAAAUGUCUAACCCCUUCACCCAUGUGCUUCUAACCUUCAAAGACUCCAUGAAUUGAUGCCCAUCUCCUAAAUAUUUGAUCAAUGAUCAAUUUCUUCUACCAUUUCCAAACAUCGGGGGUGGCUCAACUUACCCUUUGACUCAACUUACCCUACUCUCGUAUAACCUUUUUUUAUUCGGAUUUGUAAUGUGCAAUCUUCACAGUGAUGAUUGAGUGUAAUUUCAGGUCCAAUUUUAUUUUCUACCUUCAGACUCCCUCAGCUCAGCUUUAAUUUCUGCCUUUGGCCUCACUGAAGUUUUGCUUUUCUAAUGUUUUUAUUUUCUCAUUUCUUUACCUGCUGAUGUAAUUUAUAUUUUGGCUUGUUUUUUUUAUCCUUCAAGCUGACAUUAUAUUUCCACAUGUGAUAAUCAUAUUCUCUAUGUGUUAUAUGCUUAUAUAAAGACAGACUGCGCUUAAUUCCUAUCAUGGUGUUGCUGCUAGCAACAGAUUUUUUAGAUACACUACUUGCUUGGCCAGAACAUUGCAGCCUCUCCCAGCUCAUGAAAUGUGUCCCAAACUCCAGGUUAAGUUGAGAAUUUCAGCACAGUGCUCUUUUCUGGAAAAACAAAAACAUGACUUGAUUCACCCGUUAUGACCAGGCCUUUUUUUUUCCUUUUAGUAUGGCUAACAAGAAUAGCACCCUACGCUGUACAUUUUCGGCUCCCAGCCACAGUGCCACCCUCCUCCAGGGCUUGUCUAUCUUACGGUCUCAGGGCCAACUCCUUGACGUCGUGCUUGCCAUCAACGAAGAGCGCUUCCAGGUCCACAAAGCUGUGCUGGCCGCCUGCAGUGAUUACUUCAGGUAAGGGAUAGAUCAUGAACCUCAUGUGAGGAUUUUAUCCAGAAAAAUUUCAAAGUGUACUGUUGGAGAGAGAUAUGAUACACAGACCAACAUUAUUGGGAAGAGGAUAGAUGCACUGUUGAAAAGUGACUGGGAAGUUCAGUGGGAAAUCUGCUCCUGUCACAACAUUUCUCACUCAUACACACAUAUGCUAAUGGCAGUUUUAAAGUUGUUUCUUUUGCAGCCAGCAUGAAUGUAUUACAGCACAUCACAGUCACCAAUGAAAAAAUUAAACAAGUGAUGCUGGAUGUUAUCCCACAACCUUCAGCACGAUGCUUUCUGUUUUUAGCAACUAAAAUCUCACCGCCUUCGGAUAUCAAUCAUCUACCCUGGUAUCCAAGGGUCUGAUCACUUAGAGUGGGAGCUUUUCAUCUUAAAAUCCAGCAAAUGCUGGUCUACUUUCAUUUUCUCCCUGAGGGAAUGUUUAAAGCUGCUUCUUUUGAAGUGUCUUUGAACUUCCUUGUCAAUAUCACACAGCUUGCAAACGGCGGAUUUGUUGAUUUGUGAUUUUAAAGCUGUAUGCAUAGAAAUAAAAUCUUGUUAAGGGGGUUUCAACACACAUCUGACACAAUUUGCUUUUUUUUUUUCAACAUUAGGUUGAACUAACGAUCAAAAUGAUACUAUACUUUUCUCUUACAUAUAACUAUAUUUCAGCUUGUUGAAAAAUAGUUGAAGGUAAUUUUUUGAUAUUUAGACCUGAUUUUACCCUGUUUUAACCUAAUUUUAGCACUUAAAUGACUUUAGAUAAAUAAGAAAAAUAUACAAAAAAAGGUCAAUCAAAGUUUUAGAGAUAUGCAACUUCACUUCAUUUGGAUUUGUCCGAGCAGCUCGAAGACUGUUGUAGUGAUUUAUGGACUUUUCCUUGUGUUUCAGAGCUAUGUUUACAGGAGGGAUGAGGGAAUCAAGUCAAAACACCAUUGAGCUGAAGGGUUUGUCUGCCCGCGGUCUGAAGCACAUUAUUGACUUUGCCUACAGUUCAGAGGUCACUUUAGAUCUGGACUGUAUUCAGGAUGUCCUUGGGGCAGCUGUGUUUCUACAGAUGGUCCCAGUCGUGGAGCUCUGCGAGGAGUUUCUCAAGUCAGCGAUGAGCGUGGAGACCUGCCUGCACAUUGGCCAGAUGGCCACCACCUUCAGCCUGUCUUCCCUCAAAGAAUCGGUGGAUGCCUUCACCUUCCGACACUUCCUUCAAAUCGCAGAGGAGGAGGACUUUUUGCACAUUCCCAUGGAGCGCCUCGUCUUCUUCCUGCAGAGCAACAAACUAAAGAACUGUAGCGAGAUCGACCUCUUUCAUGCCGCCAUCAGGUGGCUUAGGUAUGAUGAGUCUCGUAGGGCUCAAGCCAGCAGCGUCCUCUGCCAUGUGCGUUUCCCACUCAUGCGCUCAUCGGAGCUGGUGGACAGUGUUCAGACGGUGGACAUUAUGGUGGAGGACGUGCUGUGCCGCCAGUAUCUUCUUGAGGCCUUCAAUUACCAGAUUCUUCCUUUCCGACAGCAUGAGAUGCAGUCUUCUCGAACACUCAUACGCUCUGACGUCAUGUCACUCAUAACCUUUGGGGGGACGCCAUACACUGACAACGACCGCACAGUGAGCACAAAAGUGUACCACCUCCCUGAUAUGACAUCCCGGCAGUUCAAAGAGCUAACAGAGAUGGAGGUUGGGUGCAGCCACGCUUGUGUCGCCGUCCUUGAUAACUUUGUGUACAUCGUUGGUGGACAGCACCUGCAGUAUCGCAGCGGCGAGGGGGCAGUGGAUAGCUGUUAUCGCUACGACCCGCAUCUGAGCCAGUGGCUGCGCAUCCAACCUCUGCAGGAGGCUCGAAUCCAGUUCCAGCUCAACGUGCUGCAGGGACUGCUGUACGCAACCGGGGGGCGCAAUCGAUCGGGCAGCCUGUCUUCUGUAGAGUGUUACUGCCCGAAGAAGAAUGAAUGGACUUCUGUUGAGCCGUUAAAACGAAGGAUUUGGGGACAUGCGGGAACCCCGUGUGGAGAAAAACUGUAUAUCUCAGGUGGUUACGGGGUUUCAUUAGAGGACAAGAAGACUCUCCACUGCUAUGACCCAGCUUCAGACCAGUGGGACUUCAAGGCUCCCAUGAACGAGCCAAGGGUGUUGCAUGCCAUGAUCAGCACCAGAGACCGGGUGUACGCUUUGGGUGGUCGCAUGGACCACGUGGACCGAUGUUUCGACGUGCUUGCAGUGGAGUAUUACAUUCCAGAAAAUGAUCAGUGGACCACUGUCAGCCCGAUGAGAGCAGGGCAGUCUGAGGCAGGCUGCUGUUUACUGGACGGGAAGAUUUACAUCGUUGGGGGCUACAACUGGCACCUCAAUAACGUCACAAGCAUAGUGCAAGUGUACAACACAGACACAGAUGAGUGGGAGAGGGAUUUGCACUUCCCAGAAUCCUUUGCUGGCAUUGCUAGUACAUCGAUAAUUAUUCCACAAAACACCACACAUCCCUAA